AUGCUAUUUUCCACCUCUCACGGCCUCGUCUUCUCAGCCUUUAACAUCAAAUGGCUGACUCCCAGCAAGUAUGACAAGCCCAUCGUAUCUGAGAUUAUUCCCGAGAUCUUGAGUCGCUAUGACAUCAUUCUGAUUCAAGAAAUCCGAGGAGACGGUAUCAAUGUGAUGUCACGAGCAAUUGCCGAUCUCUCAAGCUUGACUGGUCAUACAUACGGGUAUGUUAUGAGCAAAAAGACAGGCAGGAGCUCGUACAAGGAGCAAUACGCCUAUGUGUAUAGACAAGACGCAGGUUUUAGCGUGAUGACUGCUCUGCAAUAUAAUGACACGAGAGACGUGUUUGAGCGGGAACCGUAUAUAGUGCAGAUUGACACUCCCUCGCUGAGUGUGAAGACGUUCGGUAUCAUUGGCGCUCACAUUAAACCAGAUGACACGGUCGCGGAACUGAACAAUUUGACCCUAGUCUAUGAUUACGCUGUGACUCAACUUGGAACUGAAAAUAUUCUGUUCGCGGGAGACUUUAACGCCGACUGCUCGUAUCUAAGAUCCUCCAAGUACAACGAUCUUCUGCUCACUACAGACAGUCGUUUUAAAUGGUUGAUUGGCAGUGACGCCGAUACCACGGUCAGCACCAACACUGACUGUGCUUACGAUCGGUUUUUGACAAGCAGAUCUCUGAAGGAUGCAGUUGUCGACGGAAGUGUCUCUGUCUUCAACUACCAGACGGCCUUUAAUCUCUCUUAUGAACAGGCUAAAAUAGUCACAGACCAUUUCCCAAUUGCCCUUGAAUUGCUGUAGGGAGAUCUCAACUUUGUGGAACAAAUGUUAAUAAUAAGUCAAC